AUGCCGCAUCUCGAGGGCGUCAAGAAGCAAAAGAUCAACGCAUACAAUGUGUUGUUGCUGUGUUUCAUCGGCCUGGGGUCGUUAACCUAUGGUUACACAGCCUCGAUCAUCGGCACCACCCUGGGUCAACCAUCCUUCAUUGCAUACUUCGACCUCGCCACCAGGAGCAAUGGAACCGACCUGAUCAGUACUAUGAACGGCCUGUUCCAGACGGGCGGCACCAUCGGGACCUUGAUGCUCCCCUAUGUGGCUGACCGAUGGGGUCGUAAAUGGGCCAUCGUCCUGCCGGCAGUCAUUGCCAUUGUCUCGGGGGCUUUCCUGGCCGGGAGCACCAAUAUUGGCGAGUUCUUGCUCUUCCGAUUCUUUGCAGGCGCCGCGGCAUUCAUGAUCCUGGCCGCUGUUCCGAUUUGGAUGUCGGAAGUCGUGCCAGUCGAUCUGAGAGGUGCCCUGGUCGACGUCCAUGCCGUCUUUCUCAUUCUCGGGUAUACCAUCCAAGGAUGGGUGGGAUUUGGCUUCUUCUUCUGGGAUGGAGGCGACGACACUUGGCGGCCUCCGCUAGCUCUUCAGUGUGCUUGGCCUCUGUUCCUUCUCUGUGGUAUCUACUGGGUUCCAGAAUCGCCUCGUUGGUUGGUCAUGCAAGGCCGCAUCGAAGAAGCAAAGGAGAUCCUCUUCAAACUGCAUUCGGAUCCUAAUGAUCCCGACAACGAGUUUGCCAACGCAGAGUACUACCAGAUCCAAAAGCAAAUCGCCAUCGACAAGACUCUGGGCAACUCGUGGAUGCACAUGAUCAAGAAGCCAUCCUACCGCAAGCGAUGCCUGCUCGCCAUCGGAACGACAGGAAUCAUUCAGUGCUCUGGCGUGUUGGUCAUCAACAACUACGGACCAACCUUGUAUGCCAACCUUGGCUUCAGCCCCGUCAAACAACUCCUCUACCCGGCAGGAUGGCUCACCCUCACGCUGGGCAUCAACAUCAUGGCCAUGGCCUUGGUUGACCGCUUCUCCCGCAACCGGUACAUGGCAUUUGGUGUGUUGGGCUGCAUGGUUACCCUCAUCAUCGAGGCCGCUUUGGUUGCCCAAUUCGUGCCAUCAAACAACCAGUCGGCUCUCCUGGCGGCGGUGGCCAUGUUCUACAUCUUCCAGAUCUUUUACGGAUUCUGCCUUGACGGUACCCAGUUCAGUUACCUCAACGAGCUGUUCCCCAGCCACAUCCGAGCCAAGGGCGUCUGCCUGGGCGUGUCGAUGAUUUCGCUCAUGAACAUUAUCUGGCUCCAAGCCGCACCCACUGCGUUCAAGACUAUUGGAUGGAAGUUCUACCUGGCCUUCAUCAUCCCCGGCACCAUCGGCGGGUUCAUCAUGCUGUUCUUCUUCCCGGACACCAAGGGCAUGCCGCUGGAGGAGAUCGCCGCCAUCUUCGGUGACGCCGACGAGGUGGCCAUCUACCAGCGUGAGAUCGAAAUCGACCACAUCACCCACACCGUGGUCACCCACGACCACGCGGGCGAAAAGUCCACGACCCCCGUGGUGACCGAGGAUCUCAAGACGGCCGACGACAGCGUGUAA